GUGAAAAGGGGAGGGCCUUCGGGGGCACUGUUUUUAUUUAUUUCUUUGUUUCAUGUGGCUAAAACAACAACAGUAGCGGAUAAUUCAAAGAGCGGGAACAUGAGGAUGAGCGGAUGACGUUUUCAGCCUCCACCGUCGCCGCGAGCUCUCAGGCGGACCACCGGGGGGAGGAUGAAGCGGCGCAAUGCGGACUGCAGCAAACUCCGACGGCCGUUAAAACGGAACCGAAUCAGCGAGGGUUUAUAUAGCAGUACGUUUCUGUACCUGAAGUUCCUGGUCGUGUGGAUCUUGGUCUUGCUGGCUGACUUUGUCCUGGAAUUCCGGUUCGAGUACCUGUGGCCCUUCUGGCUCUUCAUCCGAAGUGUCUACGACUCCUUUCGAUAUCAGGGGCUGGCCUUCUCAGUCUUCUUUGUGUGUGUGGCGUUCACAUCAGACAUCAUCUGCCUCCUCUUCAUCCCCGUUCAGUGGCUGUUUUUUGCUGCUAGCACCUACGUUUGGGUGCAGUAUGUUUGGCAUACAGAGAGAGGAGUCUGUUUACCCACGGUGUCCCUGUGGAUCCUGUUUGUUUACAUCGAAGCUGCCAUCCGCUUUAAAGAUCUGAAGAAUUUUCACGUGGACCUGUGUCGACCCUUCGCUGCUCACUGCAUCGGCUACCCCGUGGUGACUCUGGGAUUUGGCUUCAAGAGCUACGUGAGUUACAAGAUGCGGCUGCGCAGACAGAAGGAAGUGCAGAAGGAGAACGACUUCUACAUGCAGCUGCUCCAGCAGGCGUUACCGCCGGAGCAGCAGAUGCUGCACAGACAAGAGCGAGAAGCAGAAGAAGCUGCUGUAGCCAAAGGGAGCUCAGAGAUUGAACCCACAGCGGUGUCCCAGAACGGAGGACCGCCUGCAAAGAAAAGCUCUUCCCUCCUGCUCCCAGAACUGGAGUACAGGGAGAAAGGGAAGGACAGUACCACCAAGGAGCGAGACAGCAAAAAACCGAGUCUGCUUGGAAUCAAUAACAACAAUAUCCUGCAUGCACUGGACUCCAGCCUGCAGGAGGCCGAGUAUAUUGAGAACUACGUGGGGGCAAAGAGGCUGAACAACGAGCUGGCAGGAGAAAACUCCCACGCGGACUGCACCACUCACUCCAUUCAGAAAGACGAAUUGGGGGUGGUGGGGAAGAACUACAAAAACACCAGUGGGAGUGGAGGCAGCAACUCGUCUCCACAGAAUCACAGCUCUGCAAACGGCAGCCUCCCCACAGGCUCCUCAGCCAAUCGCAGUGAGAAGAAGCAGAAGGGGGCGGGGAAAGGCCAGAGGGAUCCAGUGGAGAACUGCAUCCCCAACAACCAGCUGGGGAAGCCAGACGCCCUGGUGCGGCUGGAGCAGGACGUGAAGCGUCUGAAGACGGAUAUUCAGGCCAACCGGCAGCUGGAGUCGGAGCUGCGCAGUCAGCUGUCCUCUCUGAGCAGCCAGGACCGCUGCCUCCGUUCUGAACUGGGCCAGCUGCGUCAGGAGAACGAGCUCCUUCAGAACAAGCUCCACGGUGCCGUCCAGGCCAAGCAGAAGGACAAGCAGGCCAUCUCCCAGCUGGAAAAGAGGCUGAAGGUGGAGCAGGAGGCCCGAGCUCUGGCCGAGAAGCAGCUGACAGAGGAGAGGAAGAGGAAGAAGAUGGAGGAGGCCACCGCUGCCAGAGCAGUGGCUUUGGCUGCUGCUACCAGAGUGGAGUCCACGGACCCUCUGCGCAGUCGGAUCAGAGAGCUGGAGACGGACUGCAAGAAGCUGAGCGUGGACAUGAAGCUGAAGGAGGAGCGGAUUAGAGACCUGGAAGGGAGGUGUCAGGAGCUGCACAAGUGCAAGGAGAAUGAAAAGGAUACGGAGGUGUUGAUGUCAGCCCUGUCAGCCAUGCAGGAGAAGACCCAGCACCUGGAGAACAGCCUCAGUGCCGAGACCAGGAUCAAACUGGACCUCUUCUCUGCACUGGGAGACGCCAAGAGGCAGCUGGAGAUAGCACAAGGUCAGAUCCACCAGAGGGAGCAGGAGAUCGCAGAGCUGAAGCAGAAGAUCGCAGAGGUGAUGGCAGUCAUGCCCAGUCUGUCCUACUCGUCAGACGGGGGCAACCUCAGCCCCGUAACCCCCCACUACUCCUCUAAGUUCAUGGACAAUAGUCCCUCUACGCUGGAUCCCAACGCCUCAGUCUACCAGCCCCUCAAGAAGUGACCGACAGGCGCUGUCCUGAGGCUGGGCUUCAGUCCGCCCGAUCUUUCUGUGGCCUGAGUUUUGUUAGAAAAACUGUUUCUUUUGAAGGGAUUGGAAACGAAAAGAAGAGUCAGCCAAAUGAUUGGUCCCUUCAGGCCUCCUUUUACAGCCCCUCCCACAAUGCAGGGACUCCCAGGAGGAGGAGGAGGAGGAGGUGAACCCCUCGUAAGUAGAGAAUGACAGCCCCCUGGGAGCAGCUCGAAUGUAAAAAAGUUCCCGUUUCCUCCAAUAAGUGAUAGAGAGCAACCAUUCCUCAGAGGCUCAGAUCCAGCUGGAGGCCGCCAGCAUCCACAGGAAGUGGGAGGAGCGCUAACGCCACACUGGCACUGCCUACAUACUGCAGCACCAUUGGACCAAAUUGACCCUGAAGGCCAGAUUUCCUGCUGGAUUUCUUGAUGUCGAUGUAACUGGUUGUUACCACCGUCUCCAGAUUUUACAGUGCCUUGCAUUUUCACUUUUUAAGAUGCAGAACUACAUGAAAGGCUGGAGGAUCAGUUGGCUGUUCAUUCUUUACAUUCCUGCCUUUGGUGUGUUCGUUGUGUCAGUAUUACUAGACGAGGGUGGAGUCAGACCUGUGAAGCUGCAGGACUGUAGUCUGAUGUGGUUCAAAUCCCAGCUCACCUGACGGUCUCCCGCUCCACAGGCGUUCUGCUGGUUGGUUUCCAUCCGUCCUGGGGUGGAUGUCGCUGGCGUGCCACUUCCGUGUCAUUGGAGCAUCUUCAUACGUUUACACGGUCCACUGCUCGCCGUGGCGAGAUGACCGCUGGACUGAUUGUGCAGUUGCACUCUUAUUUAUUUGUGGCACUUGGGUGAUAUUUGUCAUCCUGUUUUGCUGUGUUUUUCUAGAAAAGAUUUUGUGAAUGUUGUGUUUUGGGAACAUAGGCACGGGGGGGGGGGGGGGGGGGGUCAUUGUGACUUCAGUUCUCCAGGUUCUGUAGAAGGAAGUGAAGGAAAGUUUCUGUUUGAUCUCAUGGUCCCACCACCUUUGUGUUCUUGAAGUAAUGGUGGGCGUGUCCCACGUUUCCUUUGAUCUUCACCAUUAAAGGACGUUUUGCCGGUGGCUUCAGAA